AUGGCUGCUGACGACAGGUCCUCCGGAUCAUCCUCCACCCUUGACUGGGUGCCGGAGCCCCCACCCUCCCCGGUGCCGGCCAGCCCGUCCCACCUGACGCACUUCAAGCCCCUGAGCCCCGAGCAGGAGGAACCUCCCCUGCGCUCGGCCUACAGCUCCUUUGUCAGCCUGUUUCGCUUCAGCAAGGAAGAUGGCCGACCCCCAGCUGAGGUAGAGAAGUCUGCGUCGGCAUCUCCUUCUCCCCAGGGGGAGCGGCGGAAGUGGACCAGCCCUACACACUCCCUCCACAGCUCUGGCCCCCACAGGAAACAGCUCCCAGAGCUCAUACGACGUACCUCCAGCGCCUCAGUGGAUUGGGAAGAGGGAAGGCGUAAAUCAGAGACCCCUUUGGGCACCCAUGAUCCGCGCACAGCCGUGCAGUUACGCACAGCCCUGAAGAGACUGAAGGAGAUCAUGGAGGGGAAGAGCCAGGACAGUGACCUGAAGCAGUACUGGAUGCCGGACAGCCAGUGUAAGGAGUGCUACGACUGCAAUGAGAAGUUCACCACCUUUCGCCGCCGCCACCACUGCCGCCUGUGUGGACAGAUCUUCUGCAGCCGCUGCUGCAAUCAGGAAAUCCCCGGCAAGUUCAUGGGAUACACGGGUGACCUGCGUGCCUGCACGUACUGCCGUAAGAUUGCUCUGAGCUAUGCACACUCAGCCGACACAGGCUCCAUCGGCGAGGACCUGAGCGCCCUGUCGGACUCAUCGUGCUCCGUGUGCCAACUUGAGCCCAGUGAGCCGCGGACGCCUGUCGGGGGCCGCAAGGCCAGCCGCAACAUCUUCCUGGAGGAGGACCUCACCUGGCAGAGAAAAACUCCCAUUGGGAUGAGAAAGAAUUUGAUCCAUCAGGAGUCCCAGGGCAGUGGGCUGAGCUCCAGGCUGACGGCAGUGCAAGAGGACGCGGGCAAGUCUCCUGCCAGGAAGAGGUCAGCCAGUGUGACCAACCUGUCUCUGGACCGCUCAAGCUCCUGCCACGACAGCUCCGCCAGUCCCCAGACCAGCCGCGCCAUGCCCAAGCCUGACCUUGGCGAGGAGGAGAGGAAGAUACUACUGAGUAGGGCAGACGUAAAUAAAAAGUGGUUUGACCGGAAAUUGGAGUUGAAGAGAAGAAUGAUGAGGGACUCGUCGCAGCUCAAAGACCUCUGGAAGAAGAUCUGCCACAACAGCACAGGCAUGGAGUUCCAGGACCACCGCUACUGGCUGCGCACCUACCCCAACUGCAUUGUGGGAAAGGAACUGGUCAACUGGCUCCUGCGGAAUGGAACUAUUUCAACCAGAGCCCAGGCCAUAGCUAUUGGACAGGCCUUAGUGGACGGGCGCUGGCUGGACUGCGUUACUCACCACGAUCAGAUCUUCCGUGACGAGUACGCACUCUACCGCCCCCUGCAGAACACGGAGUUCUCAGAGACGCCCUCCCCAGACAGUGACAGUGUGAACUCUCUGGAGGGCCACUCCGAGCCCUCCUGGUUUAAGGACAUCAAGUUUGACGACAGCGACACAGAGCAGCUGGCUGAUGAAAAUGACUACACAACGCCCGGUUCUUCAAGCCCCAGUAAGAGGACUUCAGUGAGCAGUUUUCAGUCUGCAGUGGACAGCGACUCCAUCAGUCUUAACAUGGAGCAGGACAACGUCAACUUCCACAUCAAGAAGCCAUCCAAGUACCCCCACGUGCCGCCCCCCGCAGAUAAAACCGAGGUCCUAGUCUCUGAGGAUGGUCAGAACAUUUGUAUAAGUGAUGCCUUCAUCAAAGAAUCUCUGUUUAAUCGUCGUGUGGAAGAGAAGGCCAAGGAGAUGCUGUUCACUCCACUAGGAUGGCACCACAGCUCCCUGGACCAGCUCAGGGAAGAGAACGGGGAGAAGAAGGCCAUGGAGAGGCUGCUCUCUGCUAACCACAGCCACAUGAUGGCGCUGCUCCAGCAGCUGUUGUACAGCGAGUCCCUGUCGCUGUCCUGGAGAGACAUCAUCGUGCCUGUGGUUCGGCAGGUGGUGCAGACGGUGCGGCCCGACGUGCGUAGUUGUGACGACGACAUGGACAUCCGUCAGCUGGUUCACAUUAAGAAGGUUCCAGGGGGGAAGAAGUUUGAUUCGACUGUGGUAAAUGGCUUUGUGUGCACGAAGAAUAUUGCACACAAGAAGAUGAACUCCUAUAUCAAAAACCCCAAGAUCUUGCUGCUGAAGUGUUCGAUUGAAUACCUGUACAGAGAAGAAACCAAAUUUACCAGCAUUGAUCCGAUUGUUUUACAGGAGCGUGAGUUCCUGAAGAACUACGUCCAGCGUAUUGUGGAUGUGCGGCCCAAUCUGGUGCUGGUGGAGAAGACGGUGUCUCGCAUUGCCCAGGACAUGCUGCUGGAGCACGGGAUCACCCUGGUGAUCAACAUGAAACCUCAAGUGCUGGACCGGGUGAGUCGCAUGACGCAGGCCGACCUGGUCAUGUCCAUGGACCAGCUGCUCACCAAGCCUCGCCUCGGCACCUGCCACAAGUUCUACAUGCACUCCUUCCAACUCGCCAACAGUGAGCUGAAGACCCUGAUGUUCUUCGAGGGCUGCCCUCCUCAGCUGGGCUGCACCAUUAAGUUGCGCGGCGCCUCCGAGUACGAGCUGGCCCGCGUGAAGGACAUCAUCCGCCUGAUGAUCUGCGUGGCCUACCACUCGCAGCUGGAGAUCUCCUUCCUUAUGGAUGAGUUUGCCAUGCCCCCCAGUCUUGCCAAGAGCGCCUCCUUCCCCUGCCUGCUGGAGAGUGCCACGGUAGAGGAGGAGGAGGAGGAAGAUGAGGAGGAAGCUCACGUAGAGACAGUUCUCAGGAAUGGUUCUGUGGGUGAACAGAGUGAUAUUUCACAGGGCACUGAUAGCGACGUGUUGCUUCAGGAGAGUGGAAACUCCCACUCCAUUGUCCAGUCCAUGUCUGAAUCAUCUGGUAAGGACCAGGAGAGCCCCUGGGCGGAUGGAAACAACACCAUUGCCUCCGUAUCGGACAUCGAUGGCACCAACUCGGGCUGUAAGACCUCCACACCGGUGUCGUUCACACCCUCCCUCCCUGUGGCGCCUCCUUUCCUCAUCUCUGACCUGGAGGACAUGGCCGAUGAGGAGGGGCAGCCCCGCCCCGCGGAAGAGGUCGCCGACAGGACGAAGGACGGCACCAUGGACAGCGCCGGCAGCGUGGGCCCAGGCUCGGACACGACUGCUCAGCCAACUCGUCUGUUCUGUGACCCGCUGCAGGACGACACGGGGCUGUUUGUCACCGAGCAAGUGGCCUCGUCCGACGACCGGCUCAAGUCGCUGUCGGCCUGCUUCCGGCAGGAGCUGAAGGACAUCAUCCUGUGCAUCUCGCCCUUCGUUAGCUUCCGCGAGCCCUUCCUGCUCACGGCGGCUGGCCUGCGCUGCCCGAGCCGCGACUACUUCCCUGAGCACGUCUACCUCUCACCCCUCCUCAACAAGGACUUCAAGGAGCUGGACGGACGCCGCAAGAGGCAGCUGCUGAAGGAGUCCGGGGCUGUGGCGGGGUCGUCCGGGGCGUCGCUGGCCAACGGUGGCGGCGGGGCCGGGGGGCCACGGGCUAUCCAGGUCCUACCCUCGCACCCGCUCACCAGCACCCGCAUCGCCGAGCAGGUGAACUGCAGCCAGGAGCUGGCCCGCAUGCUGGCCGACUAUCGGGCGCAGGGGGGCCGCAUCCGCCAGAGGGAGGACCCCUUCUCCAACCCCCAGCAGACGAGGGAAGGGCAUGCCACCAGAGCGCCCGUCAAGGCUGACAGCGAGGACGAGAAAUCCGGGCACAGUGACAUCACCUUGGCCACCAAGCUGGACUGCCUGAACCCCAUCAAUCAUCAGCGUUUGUGCGUGCUGUUCAGCAGCUCGUCAGCACAGUCCAGCAAUGCCCCCAACCCCUGCGUCAGCCCCUGGAUUGUGACAAUGGAGUUCUAUGGAAAGAAUGACUUGACUCUUGGUAUCUUUUUGGAGAGAUAUUGUUUUAGGCCUUCUUACCAGUGCCCCAGCAUGUACUGUGAAACUCCCAUGGUGCACCAUAUCCGACGUUUUGUUCAUGGCAACGGGUGUGUCCAGAUCGUCCUCAAGGAGCUGGACUCCCCUGUGCCGGGCUACCAGCACACCAUCCUCAACUACUCCUGGUGCCGCAUCUGCAAACAGGUGACGCCUGUAGUCCCCCUGUCCAAUGACUCCUGGUCCAUGUCUUUUGCCAAAUACUUGGAGCUGCGUUUCUAUGGACACCAGUACACCCGCCGUGCCAACGCUGAGCCCUGUGGCCACUCCAUCCAUAAGGACUACCACCAGUACUUCUCCUACAAUCAGAUGGUGGCCUCCUUCAGCUUCAUACCAGUUCGCCUUCUGGAGAUUUGCCUCCCCCCUCUUAAGAUCACCAUCAGGAACCAGGGCCCCUCUAAAGGUUGCAUGCAUCAGGACCUCAAGGACUUUUUACUGAAGGUAUCUCAAGUGUAUCUGGCCAUAGAUGACCGGCUCACCUCCCUGAAAACAGACACUUUCAGCAAGACACGAGAGGAGAAGAUGGAGGAUCUCUUUGCACAGAAAGAUAUGGAGGAGGCUGAGCUGCGGGGCUGGAUUGAGAAGCUGCAGGCUCGGCUGCUGGCCACUGUUCUGGACUCUCCUCAGCAGCUGCAGGUCGUGCUCGAGUCAGUGGUGGUGAAGAAACAGGGCCUGUGUGAGACCCUGCAGUCCUGGAACAGCCGACUGCAGGACCUGUUCCAGCAGGAGAAGGGGAGGAAGCGCCUGUCUGUCCCUCCCAGUCCAGGGAGACACAGGCAGACCGAUGACAGCAAGACGAGCGCACUAGAGUCUUCCCCCCGUAACCCCUCCCCUAUGGUCCAGAACGGAGAGAAGGAGGAUCGUCACCUGAGCACCCUGCCCUCCAGCUCUGGCUCCUCCCUGCAGCUGCCCUCUCCUGGGGACAACGGCUCAGAGACCCUCACCUCAGGACCCUCCUUCGCAGACCAGGACUCUGUCAGCAUCCCAGAAGAUGUGUUUGACGCACACCUGUUGGGCUCCAAUGACAGCCAAGUGAAGGAGAAGUCCACCAUGAAAACCAUUCUGGCCAACCUGCUACCUGGCAACAGCUACAACCCCAUCCCUUUUCCUUUUGACCCAGACAAGCACUACCUGAUGUAUGAGCACGAGCGCGUCCCCAUCGCCGUGUGUGAGAGGGAGCCCAGCUCCAUCAUCGCCUUUGCCCUCAGCUGUAAGGAGUACAAGACAGCCCUGGAUGAGCUUUCGAAAAGCACAGCAAAGCCAGGCAGCGAGGACGCAACUCAGACCAGCAGUGCUGGGGAGAGCCGUGCAAAGAGCAGCCCUGCGAAGCCCAAUGACUCCAUCACCUCCCAGAUCGGACGCAGCACUGCGGAGGUCGACAUCCUGAAAGAUGUUGAUAUAGUAGACAAACACAAAAAGCAAGCAGGGAACCCUCACAUUGAGCUCCAGUUCUCAGAUGCCAACGCUAAGUUCUACUGCCGUAUCUACUACGCUGAGGAGUUCCACAAGAUGCGUGAGAUCAUCAUGGAGAGCAUGGAGGAGGACUUUGUGCGUUCGCUGUCCCACUGUGUCAACUGGCAGGCCCGCGGCGGCAAGUCGGGAGCCGUCUUCUACGCCACUGAAGAUGACCGCUUCAUCCUGAAACAGAUGCCCAGACUGGAGGUGCAGUCCUUCCUGGACUUUGCUCCUCACUACUUCACUUACAUCUCGGGUGCUGCGCAGCAAAAGCGCCCCACUGCCCUGGCCAAGAUUCUGGGCGUGUACCGCAUCGGCUACAAGAACUCCCAGAACAACACAGAGAAGAAGCUAGACCUGCUGGUGAUGGAGAACCUGUUCUACGGCCGCAAGAUGGCGCAGGUGUUUGACCUAAAGGGAUCGCUGCGGAACCGCAACGUGAAGACGGAGCAGGGCAAGGAGAGCUGCGAGGUGGUGCUGCUAGACGAGAACCUGCUGAAGCUGGUGCACGACAACCCGCUGUACAUCCGCUCGCACUGCAAGGCCAUCCUGCGCGCUGCCAUCCACAGCGACGCCUACUUCCUCUCCAGCCACCUCAUCAUCGACUACUCUCUACUGGUGGGCCGAGACGACGCCACCGACCAGCUGGUGGUGGGCAUUAUUGAUUACAUUCGCACUUUCACCUGGGACAAGAAGUUGGAGAUGGUAGUCAAGUCCACAGGCAUCCUUGGUGGCCAAGGUAAAAUGCCCACUGUGGUGUCCCCUGAGCUUUACCGCGCCCGCUUCUGUGAGGCCAUGGACAAAUACUUCCUCAUGGUUCCAGACCACUGGUCUGGGCUCGGGGUGAACUGCUGAAGCAGGGAGAAGAUGGGGGGGGGGGGGGGAGCACAAAGAGUGAGGGAGGCAGAGGGGUGUAACGGCUCCCAAACCGCCGCCAACCCUCAGCACACUGGACCCCAUGCAAACACGCUGCAUCAUGUCCAGCCCCCACACUUCAGCUCACAACUGCCAGUGCCUCAGUCACAGAUGCCCAAUGAUGACAGGGGAGCCACAGACAUAUCCUGGACCGUAUGGACCAUUUAGUGGGUGAACAGACACACGCACACACACACGGACACAAGUAUUUAUGGGAUCCUUGUGAGUUCUUCGUCGAAUCGUGCCGGACAUUUAAGUCAAUGAUUGUGCCAAGACGAAAGUUGUUUGGCUUUCAAGAGGUUCCCUCACAAUUGCACUGAAGACAGCUGUUGAACCAUUAGGCUGUAGUGUUGUGUUUUAAUCUAAUAAUUAUAAAGAACGCUGUAAGUUUUGUCAUACAUGUAAAGAGAUUAUGUAAUUAAAUAUUAUUAACACAA